CUUCAGUACGAUCAAGAUGGCGGAAUGUCAGUGUUGUUUUGGGAAACAAGAAAAUAGCUGCUGAAAAAGUUAUAAUUUUGUGCCUGAAAGACAAAGGAAAUGGCUCAAAUCGAUAAUAUGUUUGACAAUCCGUCUGGUUUAAGCCGAAGAUGGGUUUGGCGAGAGGAAACCAACACAUUGGAAGCCAUCAGCAACAACACUGGCGCAAUUGAAAGGAGUACAAACUUCACAAGCACUGGUGCCAAARCUAAACGUAAUAAAGGACAGCUUGGAAUUCAUUUUCAAUCCGAUUAUAGCAAGAAAAACGACAGAGGAACGCCUUCAGUUAUGUCCAGAAAUAUAGGUGCAARUUCCCGUCGAGGACARACAUAUUUAACAUCGCAGCGUGCAGGGAACAUGAAGGGUACAUCCCCAAGAGCAAGUCUCAAAGCUGGUACUUAUGAACACAAUACAAUCACACUGGAUGAUGUCAAAAGUGUUGCUCUUGACUCGAUUCCUGAUGUUGAAGUGUUCCCAGAGGUUUUCCAAAUGGCUUGUAGCACAGARCAGUUUGAUGAAUACCUGCUUGCAGUUUUAAACUACUUUAAUGCUUUCUUUGAAAGACUUGCCAUCGAAAACAAGCCAAAACCCAUGGCUGUUGAGCCAAGUCUUGCAGAGAAGAAAGCCCUGGCUACAGCUAUUUCCAAACAAGAGGCAGCUCAAAAACUGCUCUCACAAAGCUACUGCACCAUGGUGCUUGGCCUYGGACUGGAGGAACAGCACCAUAUGGCAUGUGGAAAGUCUCGUGUCUCAAACACAGCAAAGGAUAGAUCGCUAUAUGAACUCCUUUACAGGUUUGCAUCUUUUGUAACGUUUAUCACUUUUCGAAGGCAGCAUCUUGAUCUUAUCCAGAAAGAGCUUGGAAGAAUGUUUAGGUCAGAUACCUUUAAUCCAGCUAGCAGACCAAAAGAAGUCAAAGAGGUUUAUGCAAUGGACAGACUUAAAGAUAGCACUAAAAAGCAACUAACUCCAGCAGAAUAUCGACGUCUAAAGCCGAAACGACCAGCUAUUAAAUCUAUAAUCAAUCAGCGUUCACCAGUUCUUGUUUCAUUAUUACCAACAUCCAAGGAAUCAUCUCCAUGGUUUCUUGAUAGAUCCAAAGCAAUACCGCUCUCAGCAGAUGACCUCCCUCAUGAAGAAGAAGAAAAUCAUCUUUUCAUCAACUCUAAAGUUGGUAUCAUUGGAGAGCCUAUGUCAGGGUUCAACCCCAUGACUCUUGCACCAUUUGGUGAAGAAGACCACGAUGAACCAGAUGACAACGAAGAACGGAGAAAAUCUAUUAGUGAUGAAGCUGGAUUGCCACCUGUACCAAACACCGGUGUAUCUGURGAUGAGACAGAAGAAGAAACAGAGUUGGAUCAAAGCUGAUUUUGAUUUAAUUGGCUGAGAUUUAUAAGAUAAUAUGUUGUUUGUUUGAGCAAUGGAGAUACGUCUUACACUUCUAAACAACUAGAAGUAACUAUGGAAUCUCCCAACCCUAAGUCAUGAGUAUAGUGACAAAACAAGGCAUAAAGAUUCUGAACUAACACUACACAAAGUCAUUUAUUUUCUAUACAUUUAUUUAACUUUACUGCAUAUAUUGCUGAGGUUGAGUACAUGUGCUAUGCCAAGUAUAUURAUUAACAAGUGCAUUUCCAAAAAUGGUCUAGUGUAAAUUACUCUUCUAGUAGGAAUAUACAUGUAUUUCUAAGUAACGUUUAAAAUAUGAAAUAUAAUAGCUACCCUAUUGUAAUUAGAGAGAGUUGAGCAGUUUUCCAAAACCCUUGAAGUAGUCAUUAAACGAUCGUCAAAAGAUGUUUUGCUUGAGAUGCAGAAAAUUGUGCAAACUUGCACAUUUUUGAAUUUUGUAUACUUUCAAGGUUUCCUGAUUCAUUCUGAGUGAGCGAUUUCAUUGUUUUACUUUUGAAAUGACAAAUUUAAAAAGUAAAUUGUUCAUCUUGAAUGGUUUUCAUGGGUUUUUGAAAUCCUUGCAACAUAAAAGAAACCUCAAGUCUGUGUUUAGAACUUGCUUGUUAAAUUGUAAAUAGUUGUCUAAAUACAAUAGUUUUAAAAUAUAUUAUUUAAAUUCAG